CGUCGGUUGAGCUGGGCGGUCCGGGAGGGCAUUCGGCUCAUUAUGGUUGGGCCAAUAAGUUUGGGCUGAAACCUACUGCGGCCCAAUUCGGGGGGACCUUCUUGUUCACGGCUACUAUGGAAGUCAGUCGUGCUUUUUACUGAUACUGCGUGUGGAAAUGGAAUCGGAAUAUCCUCUUCGGAGGAGCAGAGAGCUGCAGCAGCUUCCGAGCUCCGAUCAUUCUCCCCCGUCAUCGCCAUGAGAGCCGCUCCAAAAUCUUAACUUUACGGCUCCAAUGAGAACACCCUUCGCCUCCCUCCUCUGCCGCCUGCGCCAUUGCCAGUCCCAAAGACCGCCCUCCUCCGUUUCCGUCCUCAACGAUCACUCUUCCUCCCUCCUCAGCAGCUGCCGCAGCCUCUCUCAUGUCUUCUCGCCUGAUGAUUCUUUGUUAGACUGUAGGAGUUUCUCCACGCAGAGUUUUCGGAAUUUUUCGUUGAUUAAUCCUCUCAAGAGGCCCCUUUUAUCUGGCCUGCUUCCAUGUUAUGUUUCUGAUCGCCAUCGCCAGCAGCAUCAGUUAUUAUCUCAUCGGGAUCUUCUCACCCGAGCUAAGCCGCUCAAGAAAAUCGAGGUUAAUGACAAGCACAGUCAGCGCGCGGUCACAACUGCACUGUGGUGCAACUUUCUCGUCUUUUCGCUUAAGUUCGGUGUUUGGGUUGCGACCUCUAGCCAUGUCAUGUUGGCUGAAGUUGUCCACUCGGUUGCAGACUUUGCCAAUCAGGCGCUUCUUGCUUAUGGUCUGAGCAGCUCAAGACGUGCACCAGACGCUAUUCAUCCGUAUGGUUAUUCUAAAGAGAGAUUUGUUUGGUCUUUGAUAUCUGCUGUUGGUAUCUUUUGUCUUGGAUCCGGUGCUACAAUUGUUCAUGGCAUUCAAAACUUAGGGGUUACACAGACCCCAGAAAAUAUUCAGUAUGCAGCUUUAGUGAUUGGUGGUUCAUUUAUAAUUGAAGGUGCUUCCCUUCUCGUUGCCAUACAAGCUGUGAAGAAAGGGGCAGCUGCAGAGGGAAUGAAAGUAAGAGACUAUGUCUGGCGUGGUCAUGACCCCACAUCGGUUGCUGUCAUGACAGAGGAUGGAGCAGCGGUGACUGGCCUUGUUAUUGCGGCAGCAUCGUUGGUUGCUGUAAACACCACAGGGAAUGCAAUCUAUGAUCCCAUUGGUUCAAUUAUAGUUGGAAAUUUGCUUGGAAUGGUGGCUAUAUUUCUGAUCCAGAGAAAUCGGCAUGCUUUGAUAGGGAGAGCAAUGGAUGAACAUGAUAUGGAAAAGGUUCUUCAGUUUUUGAAAAAUGACCCGGUUGUUGAUUCUUUGUAUGAUUGUAAAAGUGAGGUGAUUGGACCUGGAUUUUUCAGAUUCAAGGCAGAGAUAGAUUUUAAUGGAGUGGUUGUGGUGCAAAACUACCUGCGCAGGACUGGUCGUGGCGAGUGGGCUAAACAGUUCCGUGAAGCUGCAAAAGAGAAGGAUGACCAUGCCCUGCUGAAAGUCAUGUCAAACUAUGGAGAGGAAGUGGUGACAGCUCUAGGUAGCGAAGUUGAUAGGUUAGAGAAGGAAAUUCAGGAGCUUGUUCCUGGUAUAAGGCAUGUCGAUAUUGAGGCCCACAAUCCGACUGAUCUGACUUCAUGAUCGAAACUUCUCCCAUUCAUCCAAUUCAUGGGUCCACGAGGAGUUAUACUGUAUUCAUCAAGAAGCCCUUUGGGAUAUAGCUUCUGUCCAUCACCGGAAACCUGGGAAUCUUCACUGUCUCCAUGUCUUGGAUUGGAGAAGACUGGUUAAUCCUUGCAGCUUAACCCGAAUUCCAUCUUAUUUUAUAUCAUUCUUCCCCUUCAUAAGCGACAGCCCACCAAGGGCUACAUUUACUCGCUGGAUCCGGAUGAACUCGUGAAGUGUAUGCACGUCAUAUUUACUUUUAUACUAAUCCCGUCAGCGCAAAGAGUUCGAUCUUGAGUUUAUCAUUAUGUAAAUUGAAUUUACUUAAUAUGUAUGCUUUAUAGAAGGUUUUAUAGGGUAGUUAGCAUCAGUUUUCAUUAUUUGCUUAGAAUUUGUUUUUCUAGCAUUGGAAAUGGUGUCAUAUGUAUGGUUGUAGAGUUGGAUUAAUUUCCUCAUCAUGAAGAUUGGGAAGGCCGCAGCUAAAAGCAAAGCAAAA